AUGGAUUCCUCAUCAAAAAUCAAUGUCAGCUAUACCUUGUUCCUUUACCGUCAAGAAUUACGCCGCUCUCAAAACCUUUUCGUACGUUUGAGUCGUAGCAAAAUUUCUCUUACCGAUAAAUUGAUUUCGAAAGGAGUGCGUAAUUUGAAGAAUUGUUCAAUGGAGGAUUUACGUGCCAUCAAUAGACAACUGGUAUUCAAAAAGAAAUUGGAAAAUAAAAUCAAGAAUAACAAAAAAUCUAAGAAGAAGAAGAAGGACCAGAAAAAUGAAGAAGCUGAUCCAAAUGAAGAAGCACCAGCCACGGAUUUGUGA